CCUUCAGAGAAAAUCUGCUGGAAGCAAGGACAGGAAGAAAGUUUUUGUGACAGAAACAAGUUAAAGCCAUGCUCUCAGUGCUACAGAAAACCAUUCGGCCGGUUCAGGCUGCCAGAAGGGUGCACCAGUCUGCAGUGCAAGUCCUGAAGCACCCGGCUCCUGAGGACACAGUCACUGCCAGCUUUGGGAGGUUCGUCAGUGAAAUCCAGCCCCAGCAUUUGUCUCCUGUUGUGCUCCAGCGCAGCAAAAGGAUGGUGUUGGACAGCAUCGGGGUCGGUCUCAUUGGAAGCACAACAGACGUGUUUGAACUGGCCUUGCAGCACUGUCAGCACAUGUACGCUCCUGAUUACAUCAGCUCUGUGUACGGCCGAAGAGACGUCAGGCUUUCCCCAACACUGGCUGCUUUUGUCAAUGGAGUGGCGACUCACUCCAUGGACUUUGAUGACACCUGGCAUCCAGCCACUCAUCCAUCAGGAGCCGUUCUUCCUGCUGUGUUAGCUCUCAGUGACAUGAUGCCAGCCAGCAGGAAACCCAGCGGCCUGGACUUCUUACUGGCGUUUAAUGUCGGCAUCGAGAUCCAGGGCCGCCUGAUGAGAUUCUCCAACGAGGCCUGCAACAUUCCUAAAAGGUUUCAUCCUCCCACUGUGGUUGGUCCUAUGGGAAGCGCAGCAGCCUGUGCUCGCCUUUUGUCUCUGGAUCCCUCUCAGUGCAGUCAUGCCUUGGCUAUAGCUGCUUCCCUGGCCGGAGCGCCGAUGGCUAACGCUGCCACUCAGUCUAAACCCCUUCACAUCGGCAACGCCUCACGUCUGGGGCUUGAAGCUGCCCUGCUGGCCUCCAGAGGCCUAGAGGCCAGUCCUCUGGUCUUGGAUGCAGUUGCAGGAGUGGCAGGCUUUAAUGCUUUUUAUGAAGACUAUGUACCACAACCUUUAGAUUCCCCCCAUGACGGCCAUGCAUUCCUGUUAGAGGAGCAGGACAUGGGCUUCAAGCGCUUCCCUGCCCAUCUGGGGAUGCACUGGGUGGCCGAUGCUGCGGCUUCUGUCCACAAGCUUCUUGUGGGAGCUGGUCCUGGAAAGGUCUCCCCACACCAAGUCCAGGACAUUUUGCUCAGAGUCCCCCUGUCUAAAUACAUCAACAGGCCUUUCCCUGAAUCCGAGCAUGAGGCUCGCCACUCCUUCCAGUUUAACGCCUGCAGCGCUCUCCUGGAUGGCGAGGUGACCGUGAAGUCCUUCACCCCAGCUGCCAUGAGUCGACCUGAGCUGCACGCUCUGCUGAGCCGCGUUCGGCUGGAGCAUCCCCACGACAACCCUGCUAACUUCAACCUGAUGUACGGAGAGGUCCAGGUGAUGCUUGUAGGAGGAGACACUGUGAAUGGACGUUGUGAUACCUUCUACGGUCACUGGCGCAACCCUCUGACCAACCAGAGUCUGAGGAAGAAGUUCAGGAACAACGCCGAGGCGGUGCUUCCAUCAGCGAAGGUCGAGCGGCUGAUUGAGGCAGUGGACGACCUGGACAGACUUGAGGACUGCAAGGACCUGCUCUCACAGCUGCAAUGAAGAUUUGCAAACACUACAAAACAACAGAACUCAGCUAUUUAGCAAAAUGAGAUCAGUUGCAUUCUGAACUAUAUAUUUAUACUGAAAACAUUUAAGUGUUUAUUCUAUCGGAGAGGAAAGACAUUAUAAUACUUGUUGGUACGUCAGAUUAUAUUUCUUUAAUUUACACUGGGAAACUAUCUAGUCUAUAAGAAAUCUAUAAUGUGAAUGAAGAAAUGUGAUAAAACAAAUGGAGGGAAAUGGACUGGCUUUAAACUGGUGGUGUUUAAAUAUUCGUGUCAUACAGUGCAUUUAUUUAAUAAUUGUAUAUAUUGUGUUGCUAAAUCUGUUGUUUCCUGAAAGACUUGUUUAAUUUAACCCCUUCAAUAUUGUAUUAGAUAAAUGUAGCAUAUUUGUUUGUGUUUUCAUUCUAAUAAACUUG